GAGAUCUUUCAGCCCUAUGGGAUGUUAAUCUCUCUCUCGCUGGCUGAUCUAGCUGCCACAAGCACAAAAACGAAAAAGGACGAGAAUUCGCGGAAAGGAAACCCUUCGCCGCGGCCGCCCCCCACCCCCACCCAUGGCAGGCCACACCCCUCACUCCUCGUAGCUGGCAGGGAAGGCGGCUGGGAGCGGAGGGAGGCGGUGCAGCCGGGCGGCCAUUUUGUGGCGCUGCUCGGUCGCUGGCGCUGGGCUCGGCGCUGAGAGCGGGGGCCGAGUGACGCGCUAAUUUCUUGCUAACCCCUUUUUCCUGUACAGGCCCCUCGUCUAAAAGUUGGUUUUAAUUGGUUGCCCACAGGAUUGACUUGGCUUCUUCUCCUUGUUAAGGAAAAAAACAUCUCUCUUUGCAGGUGUGUGUGUUUCAGCGCAGCAUGGCUGUGGUCAUCCGCUUACAAGGUCUCCCAAUUGUGGCGGGGACUAUGGACAUACGCCACUUCUUCUCUGGAUUGACCAUUCCUGAUGGGGGCGUGCAUAUUGUAGGGGGUGAGCUGGGUGAGGCUUUCAUCGUUUUUGCCACUGAUGAAGAUGCAAGGCUUGGUAUGAUGCGCACAGGUGGUACUAUUAAAGGGUCCAAAGUAACACUGUUGCUGAGCAGCAAAACUGAAAUGCAAAAUAUGAUUGAACUCAGUCGCAGGCGUUUUGAAACUGCAAAUCUAGAUAUGCCGCCAGCAAAUGCUAGCAGGUCUGGGCCACCACCUACUUCUGGAAUAAGUAGCAGGGUGACGCUUCCUACUACAGUACCUAACUUUAACAGCCCCUCUUCUAGUGUAGUAACUACAGCUACUUCUGUUCAUGAAAGCAACAAAAACAUACCAACAUUUUCCACUGCUAGUAUGGGGACUGCACCUCCUAAUCUUGGUGCUACUUUUGGAAGUCCCACAUUUAGCUCCACUAUACCAAGUACAGCAUCACCAAUGAACACAGUACCACCUCCACCUAUACCUCCUAUCCCAGCUCUGCCAUCCCUGCCCCCAAUGCCUUCUAUUCCUCCCAUACCUGUUCCACCUCCUGUACCUACACUGCCUCCUGUUCCCCCAGUUCCCCCAAUACCUCCAGUACCUCCUGUGCCACCUAUGGCACCUCUGCCUCCUUUAUCAGGGAUGCCUCCUAUGAAUCCUCCACCUGUUGCACCUUUGCCUGCUGGAAUGAAUGGUUCUGGAACAGCAAUGAAUAUGAGCAGCAACUUGAAUCCAAUGUUCAUGAGUCCCAUAAAUCCUAUACAGAUUAGUUCCCAAAGUAGUGUGAAAUCGCUUCCUAUAAAUCCAGAUGACUUGUAUGUCAGUGUGCAUGGAAUGCCGUUUUCAGCAACAGACUCUGAUGUCAAAGACUUCUUUCAUGGACUUCGUGUGGAUGCAGUGCAUAUAUUGAAAGAUCAUGUUGGACGAAAUAAUGGAAAUGGAUUAGUUAAGUUUUGUUCUCCUCAAGACACCUUUGAAGCCUUGAAGCGAAACAGAAUGCUGAUGAUUCAGCGCUAUGUUGAAGUUAGUCCUGCAACAGAGAGACAGUGGGUGUCUGCAGGAGGCCAUAUAACAUUCAAGCAAACUAUGGCUCCUUCUGGACAAAACCAUCCUUCUCCUCAGACUCUUUCCAUGUCUAAAUCUCCAAAUGGCCAGAAAAGGUCAAGAUCCAGAUCUCCACAUGAUCAGGGCUUCUGUGUUUAUUUAAAAGGUCUCCCCUUUGAGUCGGAGAACAAACACGUAAUAGAUUUCUUUAAAAAACUAGAUAUUGUAGAAGACAGUAUUUACAUAGCUUAUGGACCCAAUGGGAAAGCACUUGGUGAAGGUUUCGUUGAGUUCAGAAAUGAAACUGAUUACAAAGCAGCUUUAUGUCACCAUAAGCAGUACAUAGGAAAUCGUUUUAUUCAAGUUCAUCCCAUAACUAAAAAAGCUAUGUUGGAAAAGAUAGAUAUGAUUAGGAAAAGACUGCAGGCCUUCAAUUAUGACCAGAGAGAAAUCAUUAUGAAUACAGAAGGGGAGACUGGACCUUCUAAACUAUGUGCACAUAUAUCCAAUAUUCCCUACAACAUUACAAAAAUGGAAAUACUUCAGUUUCUAGAGGGACUGGCAGUAGAAGAGAACUCUAUUCAGAUUCUUGUUGAUACGAAUGGGCAAGGCUUAGGACAAACGCUGGUCCAGUUCAAAACUGAAGAAGAUGCUCGUAAGUCUGAGCGCCUACAUCGAAAGAAAUUGAAUGGGAGAGAUGUUGUGCUAAGAGUGAUUUCCCUUGAAGAAAUGAGAGAAAUUGAGAGAAAUCCUCGCUUUCAAGGGAAAAAAAUGUUGAAAAUGCCACUGCAGGGGAGUACAGCAAUGCCAGGAUUGCAGAAUUCUGGUGGGGAUGAGCAUUCUUUCAUAGGUAGUAGCUCGAAAGAUGCAAACAGUGGUCCUCCUUUUCAUUUCCCCAGUAAGUUCAGUGGGUCUAAUGCAUUUGGUCCGCCUCUUCCACCUCCAGGAAUAGGGGGAGGUGGUUUUGGUGAUUCCAGGCCUGGAAUGCCUUCUAUCGGAAGUAGUGGUUUGCCUGGCCUGCCGGGUUCAGGAAUUGAUGUACCAGGAUUUGGAGGUGGGCCUAGUAAUUUAACUGGGCCAUCAGGUUUUGGAGGGGGCCCUCAGAACUUUGGAAACGGGCCUGGUAAUCUAGCUGGUCCUCCUAGUUUUGGUAGUGGACCUCCAGGUCUUGGUGGUGGACUUGGACACUUAAGUGGACCUCCAGGGUUUGGGCCUGGACCAGGAAACUUGCAUAUUACUGGGCCACCAGGGUUUGGAGCUGGUUCGGGAAAGCCAGGGCCAACUGUCAUUAAAGUUCAGAAUAUGCCCUUUACUGUAUCAGUGGAUGAAAUUUUGGAUUUCUUCUAUGGUUACCAGGUAAUACCAGGUUCAGUGUGCUUAAAAUAUAAUGAGAAAGGUCUGCCCACAGGUGAAGCAAUGGUUGCAUUUGAGUCUCGUGAUGAAGCAAUGGCAGCUGUUGUUGAUCUGAAUGACAGGCCAAUAGGCUCGAGAAAAGUCAAACUUAUGGCUCACUGCGUGACCAAGGUGGAACUGUCCAUAUCCUGUGACAAUCUCAUUGAUAAGGAUGUUGGCUCAAAAUCUGAUCCGCUGUGUGUCUUGCUCCAAAACGUUGGUGGAGACCAAUGGACUGAAUUGGAUCGAACAGAGAAAAUAAAGAACUGCCAGAAUCCUCAGUUUUCAAAGAAGUUGCUGAUAGAUUAUUACUUUGAAAAAGUGCAGAAACUGAAAUUUGGUGUAUACGACAUUGAUAACAAAUCAUACGACUUAAAUGAUGAUGACUAUCUUGGAGGGGCUGAGUGCACCUUGGGACAGAUUGUAUCAAGUAAAACAUUCAUUUGUCCUUUGGAGUUAAAGAAAGGAAAACCUGCAGGAAAAGGCACAAUUACGAUUUUGGCAGAAGAGAUUAAGGACACCAGAGUUGUGUCUAUGGAAAUUGAAGCUCGCAAUCUGGACAAAAAGGAUUUUUUGGGCAAAUCUGACCCAUUUUUGGAGUUUUAUAAACAAAGUGAAAGUGGGAAAUGGCAGCUUGUCUACCGGUCAGAGGUGAUUAAGAACAAUUUAAAUCCUUGCUGGAGAAAGUUCACUGUUCCUCUGCAGACAUUCUGUGGUGGUGACUUCAACAAACCAAUCAAGGUGCACUGUACAGAUUAUGAUAGUGAUGGGUCACAUGAUUUGAUAGGCAGUUUUGAAACUAACCUAUCCCAACUACAGAAGGCAGGUGGCAGUUCUCCGGUGGAAUUUGAGUGCAUUCAUCCUGAAAAGAAGAGAAAGAAGAAGAGCUACAAAAACUCUGGCAUUGUUAGGAUCAAAUCCUGCAAGAUAGAAACAGAGUAUUCUUUUCUGGAUUACAUUAUGGGAGGCUGCCAGAUUAAUUUCACUGUGGGCAUUGAUUUCACUGGCUCCAAUGGAGAUCCCAAAUCACCAGAUUCUCUUCACUACAUCAGUCCUAAUGGAAUAAAUGAAUAUCUUACUGCCAUCUGGAGUGUGGGUAACGUGAUCCAGGAUUAUGACACAGAUAAAUUAUUCCCUGCUUUUGGGUUUGGAGCUCAGGUUCCUCCAGACUGGCAGGUGUCACAUGAAUUUGCAUUGAACUUUAAUCCUACAAAUCCCCAUUGUCAAGGAAUCCAGGGAGUUGUAGAUGCCUAUCGCCAGGCAUUGCCCCAGGUCCGUCUCUAUGGGCCAACAAACUUCUCCCCAAUUAUAAACCAUGUUGCGAGGUUUGCUGCUCACUCAGCACAGCAAGGGACUGCUUCUCAAUACUAUGUCUUACUGAUAAUCACGGAUGGGGAGAUCACUGAUUUGGACCAAACCAGGCAAGCCAUUGUCAAUGCCUCCAAGUUGCCCAUGUCUGUUAUUAUUGUUGGAGUUGGCAGCGCAGAGUUCAAAGCCAUGGAAUUCCUGGAUGGAGAUGAUGGUGUCCUAAAGUCCUUAACAGGGGAGCCAGCUGCACGAGAUAUUGUCCAAUUUGUGCCUUUCAGACAAUUCCAAAAUGCACCUCGUGAGGCACUUUCCCAGACAGUCUUGGCUGAAGUUCCUAAGCAACUGGUGUCGUACUUCAAGAAGGUUGGCCUGACUCCUGUGAAAUUACCUUCAGGAAAGCAGCCAUAAGCAAAGGAUAACUUUCAUUUUCGUUACAAAGAAAGGAAGAAUCCUGCAUGCACAGCACUCAGUCAUUUUAAAUUCUGAAUUGUAUUACCAUGCAAUUAAAAGAAUGUGUUUGUAGAUCUUGCAUAUAUUAGGAAUAAGAUAUAUUUGCACUCUAUAUAGGAAUACAUGAGCUGUUGGCAGGUCUUAUAUAGAAAACAGACAAUUCAGAUCAUUAAUUAUGGCCAAAAUUGUUUGCAGUUCAUGCAUCUGCACAAUAUGUGCAGCAUGGAACUAGAUUCCAUGCUUUUGGGGAAGAUUGGUUGUUCGGGUGUGUGUGUGUUUGUUAUUGUUUUUAAAGCAAGAUUCUAGCCUUCACUGUUUCGAAGAAAAGUUGAAGAACCUGGAAGGAGCUUUUGGAAUGACUCCAGGAUGUGGUGGGAGUUGUACAUGCUACACUGCUUUUUAUAUAUUAUCAAAUGGCUCCUGGUGCCUGUGCUGGCUCUUGCCCCAUUACUGGCUCCUGCUCCUCUUCUAUUUGCCUUUUACUUGGCUCAGCCCAUCACCGAAUUAUGUUUAAGUAAAUGGUGACUCUCAGAAGCAUUUAAGCAGGUUUAUGCAUAAUAGCUUGUUACUCUUAGCAUAAUAGCUUAGUUACUCAUAGUUAUUAUUAUUCUGCAAGGUAACACCAAAUUGAAUGAUGCCCUCCUGAAUUGUUAGAUCAUGCAUGUCAGUUAUUUGAACUGGUAUAGAUUGCAAACAAAAGACAAUGGCUAGAUAUUCAUGCCAUUCACUGAAAAGGCCUUUUUGAGUGAUUUGUUUCCCUAAUUUGGAAUGUAUUGGAAAUCCAGUUGCUGUAAAGCUUUCUAUUUUAUACAUAUAUAGAUAUACAUAUUUAUGACUUAUGCAUGGCUGGAUAGUGUGUCCUGUAUUGGACUUGAUUAAGAAACUUUCCUGCUUAGAUCUAUGCCAAAAAUUACUUUUAUUGCCUUAAUGUCUACUGUGCCUUUAUUUUUUUACUGUGCCAAGGAUUUUUUAAACUAGAUGCUUUUUUUUUUUACAAAGGAACACCAGUUCCCAAAAUUGAAUACACAUCAAUAUUUUCUUAUUUCUUCAAUGGUGAUGUUUAUAUUCAAACUCAUAGUCGUUUCUCAAGGGCAUUUUGGUCAGUAUGUUUCAAGCUAUUGCUUGUGCACUAAUAUGCAGGGGAGAUGAGAUCAUUGUGUGUUUUCCCCUCUAAUUUAGCAGCUGGAAAUAAUGGAAGACAUUGAAUGUCUAUUGCCAUACCAGCUAUCCCAGGUACCCUCUAUUGCAAUAUUCACUAUCACAUGAUUUCAGUUGUGACAAAAGUGCUUAUAGAGGAUAUAGGAAUUCUGUGAAGUGGAACUGGUGUCUUAUCUGAUAGAUUUAGACUGUAUCAUUCUACUUUUAUUUUUGGAAAAUGCAUUUCAUUUCUAAUCACUUUUAGUACUUUUGAAUAUCAAAGCACUUUCAAGAGUCAAAAAUCUUCCUCUUCUGAAGUUGCAGUUAGCUCUAUAAAUCACUUUUUCUCAUUCAUCAGUUUACAGAUGCUUAAAUAAUAGGUACAUUAUUUUAUCAUUUUACCUACUCGAUUUGUCUCUCCAUUAUCAAAGUGUGCAGUGAAUCUUAUAGGCUUACCAUUGUUUUUGCAAAUCAUUUGAAAGAGGAAAAUUUUCCAGUAUAGUUUGUGGUAGUAGACAAUCAGGUCAUUUUUAAAGCCUUUUUAUAUAUAUAUACACAAGAAUUAGGUUUCUAAGAGUUAGAUUUCUAAGGUGUUGGAAUAAACUGUACCACUUAAGACUGCAUGUGGGAAGCAUUCAACAGUUUUAAUGUCUCUUGCCCAUGAACUGGAAAUUGGUGAUCCUUGCAAGCACAAGAAGGAGCAGGCUAUGCUGGAACAUUCUGCUAGUUAUUUCCUUGCAGGGAACUUUGUCUUUUUUAGAACUUUGUCUUAGAGCAUUCUAAGGAUAUUCCUCACCUGCAGGGGGUUAUAGCACUUAGCUAUAACGCCCUGCUACCACUCAUGGAUGUUACCACUCUGCUGCAUGCAUACACCCCAAAGUCCAAUAGGAGCUCAUGCAUUGCUAAAAAAAAUGGCUUUAUAUGCAGAAGGAAUUAACUUCUCUAAUGUGAUCCAUGUUUUUUCAGAAGCUAUAAAACUAAUAGAAAAUAUAAUGAACACUGCUUGUAUUUUCUCUUCUAGCCUGUAUUAACCACUCGGAAUAACUGGUACAGAAUGUACAUAUAUUAUAUUACUACUCAUUUUUGUACCUUGUGAAGCUAACCAAUGACUUCAUGGCUGAGUAGAAACUUGUUCAAGUCCUAACGUUGGACAGUGCCUUCCUUGCCUUGCCUUGUGUUGUCAUCCCUGUAUAAUCAUAUAGGGAGUGGAGGCCCAUUUGCUGUUUUUCAUCUCUUGGUGUUCCCGAAACUGCAUACCUAGAGCACAGCAUUUUCUUUUCCUAGAUUAAGAGAUUCAAAUUUUGGGCAGUAUACAAAUAUGUCAAAUAAAUAAAUAGGAGGCACAGUUCAUUUGACAUUUUAAAAAAAAAAGAGAGACGGCAUACUCCUUGCACCUGCAAGAUAACCCCCUUUAUAUUGCUUCUCCACAUCCUCCCCUCCCUCUUCUCUAGUGCUUUCUGGGCAAUAGUGAUGCUUCUAGCAUUCCCCCAUACCUUUCAGCUUGUGUGGGCUGCAUUGGAGGAAUUCAGUGCACUUAUUCCCUGUAUCCAAAUGAUUUCACUUAACUAAAAAGUUGGCGAUCAUUGUGGCACUGUGCUCUGUGUUCCAAGGAAUGAUAGAUGAGUCCUAUAUGAUGGCUUACUUUAAAAGAAACACUUAGCUCCUCUUGCAGCAUACUGUGCAUGAACUGGAAAUUGCUGGUCCAUACUAGUGUAGCCUACAAUCCAGAGAACUGCCUGAUCUUUCCAUGCACCUAGCAAAAUGGGCAUGUAUGUGUUAGUUCUAUGAAGAUCAAUUCCGCACACUGCAUUUUAAAUCACUUUUAAAAAUUAAAGGGUGCUUCAGUGUAGUUUUGUAAUAUGGCAUGUUGGAGAUCAAUGUUCAGAUUUUAAAAAAUCAAGCCCUGAUAAACAUGCUCAAAUCUUUAUGCUUGCUUUUAAGGCAGCUGCUGGAUUGUGGCCAUUAGAAGUUAUAUUUUCUCUAGACAGUGGCUUGUGCCAACCAGAUAGUUUGUAAAAGAAUCUUUAGUCUGGCAAAAUUCAGUUGACUUGACUGACAAUGCUGCCUUAAGGAAAGAGUUGCUAUACAAAAGACUUUCAGAAAAUACAUUUUACCAACUUGUAAUGAAAGUCACUUGGGGAGCGAUAGUUCAUGUGUUAACCAUUUAGCUCUGCUUUUGGGGAAAAUGUUGCAUCAGUCCACUGCCCUGCUUGAUAUGGGUGAAUGGAGGAAGCAAAAUUAUUCUUCAUGUAACAAUAUUCUUCUUGUGUACUACAAACUUCAUUAAAUCUCAUUACAUUUCA